CCUAUGUCGAUCUUGUGGCUUUGUUCCCCAACUUGAGAAAGUAAGCCUCGCCUCUGCUGCCCUGUCUGGGCAGAAGCCAUUCACAUUGAGCAAGUGUUUAUCUAGUAGUAGUACAAGAAGCCUCUCGACUUUGUGUCUGGAUUUUUGCUCUCAGAUGAUCUGGAUUCAACCGGAAGAUCCUAAACAGCUCACACGUAUAUUCAGUAGCCUUAGAGAUGUUUAUAUCUACAAUGUCUUUGCUGAGUGUGAUUUGAAUUGGACAUUCUUUAUCCUUAAAGCUGCACCUUCACUGAAGAACUUCUAUUUAUCUCGACACUCUUGUGAACCCAACAAGUUUGAGGAUAUUGCCAAGAAGACCGACUUGGUGUGGGAAACCUCCAGUUUCAAGCAUUUGAACUUGAAGCUGCUGUUCAUGAAAGGGUUUUCGGAGGAUGAGAAGGUGAUGAACUAUAUAAGACUUGUCAUGAAAAGAUCUAUGGGCUUGAAGAGAAUCGAACUGCAUGAUAAAGACCCAUGUGAGGAGUGCAAAGCCAUAUCCCCCGAGUGUUUAAGGUUUCCUGUGGAUGAAUCUAGCAAGCGUCGGAUUAAGGAGCAACUCACAUAUGGAUUCUCCUUAGAUGUGGAGAUAAUAAUGGGAUGAUGCAUAUAAUCAAGCAGUGCGCAGAACCAAGUUAGUUGCUUAGCACGCCCAUUAACAAGGGAUAUAUAUAGAGAGAGAGUAGGUGCGAGCAUAUGUAGGCUUACUUUUUCAGAGACAUGGUGAGUGCCCAUGUGU